AUCAUUUAUUUAUCUUAUCGGCAUUGCGACGCAACGCACUUUAGUUAAUUUUAUUUAAUUCAAUUCACUUAUUUAAAUGGCUGUGUUACCACCUGAUCCUGUAUUCAGCUUACGUUGCCCAGAAAUGGGCGCUGUGAAUUCGCUAUGCUUUCAUGAAAGCGAACGUCUGCUGGCAGGCACUUUCAAAGGCAAAGUAUUUCUCUGGGAUCUACAAACAAACCGCUCAGCACUGCAAUUUGAGGCAGGCACGGAGCCAAUUACGAGUCUACAUCAUACCAAAGAGCACCUGAUCACACAAGAGAAGGGUGGCACAAUCACUACCUUCUCCAUAAGCAACAGCAGCUACGUCAAGGAGCGCAGCAUUACGGGCAAUCACUUGGGCUAUUGCCGUACAGCGCUGCACAUAAAUCCGAACAACUCCAACGAACAGCUACUCUUUUAUCCGUGCGAGGAUGCAGCAAUUGGUGUGCUGCAUGUAACGGAUCCGGCGGCGCCAACACAGAUGCUUGUAGCGGAUGAUCCGCAAUUGCCUAAGCUAGGCAGUGUCACCUGCUUCAAGCCGUUUGAGUGCGCGUCACAAUUGUUUCUACUCGCCGGCUACGAGUCGGGGCACUUUCUUACCUGGGAUUUGAGCAGCGGCGUUAUGAUUGAUAUCACGGAACUAGCACCGGAAGCUUUAACUGUUGACUAUGACCCCAUUACAAAUCGAGGCAUAGUUGGCGGCGCUUCCGAUAAAUUGACUACUUUUAGUUAUCAGAGACAAUCCAUGCAACUACGACGCGGCUCCGAUUUGUGCAUCAAGAAUCCCGGCGUGAAUUGCGUGCGUAUACGUUCUGAUCAAAAGGUUUUCGCUAGCGCCGGCUGGGACGGGCGCAUACGCAUAUUUUCGUGGAAGAGCCUGAGACCACUGGCCGUAUUAACGCAGCACAAGCAAGGCGGCGUCAUGGACCUCGCCUACUCCACACAACCGGUGUCCAUGUGGCACGCACCCAUUAUGGCUGCCGCCGGCAUGGAUGCACAAAUCUCACUCUGGGACUUAUACAACUAGAUCUUUCCACGGUGCUUUACUGUCCUAAGCGUUGCAGUUUAAACUGCUCUUUCUUUCUGCCAUGCGGCCGCUCAGCUGGCAGCGACUGACAAUUCAAAGGCAACUUGUCUAAAUAAGCUCUAUAAAUUAGUUCUUAUUUAAAUAAUUAUGUAUAAGAUAUACCUAUUAAUAUACCCCUAUUGAUUGGAAUUUAAAUUAUCUCGAAACACUUUUAAAAAUGUAAUAGGCUUCAGUGCUCUGAGAUGCCUAAUAAAUUAAUCUGUAGACUCUAGAU